AUGGAGGAGCUCGGCAUCGCAUCGCUCAAGCGCUCCGAGCCCACGCUCGAGGCUGCCGCCGCCGAAAAGGCCGCCCUCCACCACCAGAUGCAGCAGGAGGAGGACACCUACCUCCGCUUCAAGAAGCUCCAGCAGCACCUCGAGUUCCUCAACACCAUGGAGGACUAUGUCAAAGACGAGCAGAGGAACCUCAAGCGAGAGCUGGUCCGCGCACAGGAAGAGGUCAAGCGCAUCCAGUCGGUGCCCCUCGUCAUCGGCCAGUUCCUCGAGCCCAUUGACCAGCACACGGGCAUCGUCGGCUCCACGACUGGCUCAAACUACGUCGUCCGCAUCCUCUCGACCAUCGACCGCGAGCUGCUCAAGCCCAGCAGCAGCGUCGCCCUCCACCGCCACUCCAACGCCCUCGUCGACGUCCUGCCCCCGGAGGCCGAUUCGAGCAUCGCCAUGCUCGGCAAGGACGAGAAGCCCACCGAGACCUACGCCGACAUUGGCGGUAUGGACAUCCAGAAGCAGGAGAUCCGCGAAGCCGUCGAGCUGCCCCUCGUCCAGUUUGACCUCUACCGCCAGAUCGGAAUCGACCCACCGCGCGGCGUCCUCCUCUACGGCCCGCCCGGAACCGGAAAGACGAUGCUCGUCAAGGCCGUGGCCAACGCCACCACGGCGUCCUUUAUCCGCGUCGUCGGCUCCGAAUUUGUGCAAAAGUACCUCGGCGAGGGACCGCGCAUGGUGCGCGACGUCUUCCGGCUGGCGAGGGAGAAUGCGCCCGCCAUCAUCUUUAUCGACGAGAUCGACGCCAUCGCCACCAAGCGCUUCGACGCCCAGACGGGCGCGGACCGAGAGGUGCAGCGCAUCCUGCUCGAGCUGCUCAACCAGAUGGACGGCUUCGACCAGGGCAGCAACGUCAAGGUCAUCAUGGCCACCAACCGUGCCGACACAUUAGAUCCUGCGCUGCUGCGGCCGGGCCGACUUGACCGCAAGAUUGAGUUCCCGGUGCCGAGUCGGCGCGAGAAGCGGCUCAUUUUCCAGACCAUCUGCGGCAAGAUGAACCUGUCGCCCGAGGUGGACCUCGAGGACUACGUGGGCCGUCCGGACAAGCUGUCGUCGGCCGAGAUCUCGUCGAUCUGCCAGGCGGCGGGCCUGCAGGCGGUGCGCAAGAACCGCUACGUCAUCAUGCCCGAGGAUUUCGAGGAGGCGUGGAAGCAGGUGGUCAAGAAGCCCGACGACAGCAAGAUGGACUUCUACCAGUGA